UGCUAAACUGUUCUUUCAUUCUAUCGAAAAACUAACCGGUUCAAAGCAACCGACCAUGGGAAUUGCUCCAUUUCAAGCACUUCCACUCAACAUUUUCUAAUGUAAGUGGUAUCAAUGGAUAGCUCUCUUCGAUUGUCGAUUGAACAAGCCCUUAACUGUAGCAAACAAGCAAGUGUAACCCAUUUUUAUAGUGUGUUCAGUGUAGCUUCUUUUUUUUACGACGACUGCUUCUUUUUCGACGUCGACAGUAUCAUGAGCAGGAAGGAUCCAGCCGACGGGGUUGCAAAGAUCAGAGCCAAUGCUGGCCUAUCAAGCCUAACACAACAAGAAAGAGCUGAAAGGCCUCAUCCUUCUAAGGGAGGGAGUGAAGGCUAUCCUGUCUUCUUUAGGGAACAGGAACUGGAAAGGAAGGCUGCUGGCCUUCCUACUUCUGCCAGUAAGGCGUCUCUUUCCAGAUGGAGUAGACGCCUUUAUCCAUACAGAAAGACAGGAAAUAGGAGCCAGGGCAAACUGGUGGGGAAGGACCUCUUUAAUAUGGUCGUGUUUGUUUGGAUCUAUCCAGAUGCAACCAAUGAUGAGAUCGCUACUUAUAUUUUCAACAUGGGAGGACCCAUCUACUCUAAUGCAGUAAUCAGCAGGAGGUUGAACAAGAUGGAGCUUACAAGGAAGAGCGCCUCUAAGGAAGCCUAUCAAGCGUUCACCCCAGAGAGUAUGUGGAGGUCUAAGAUCUUUUGGACCAAGUCCCCUCCUCUUGGAGUGGUGGGUGUUCCUAGGAGGAGGUUCAUUGACGUGGAUGAGUUUGGUAUGGAUAUGACCAAGACCAGCAAGGGGGAGAAGGGGAUUGCUCUCAAGUGCUUUCGAGCCAGGAUUCCUGGAGCUUAUCAGAGGACUCAGAAGCUCACUAUCAUCCUUGCUGUGGAGGCAGGGGAUCCGCGUUUGCCUCCAGCAACUAGAGGAAGUGUGGAGAAUCCAAGGCGAUGGAUCAAUGUCAUUCAGCAAGUGGGCACCUCUGCUACAGUCUUUGCCCAAGGACAUUGAGGCGAAUCCAGUCCCUGGUGAUACUGAUAAGGAAAGGAUCUUCCUGUGGGACAACCUUGGCUCGCAUCUAUCCACUUUGGUUGGCUUGAAGGUUGCCAUUAGACCUGAUCCUAAACCAACUCUAUUAAGAUCCAUCCCUCGGCCUCCUUACCAGCCAAAGUAUGGGCCUGUUGAAUUCAAGAUCUGUGAUCUUGUCUCAGCAGUAUCUAGAGAGGCCAGGCCUAAUUGGACAACCAGCGAUCUUGAAGCAGCCAUCUACAGGGAAGCUGGUAGGUCCAUUAAAGGCGUUGAUGCGACCUUUGAUCACUGUGGAUACAGUUUGGAUGGAAACUAUGAUGAUUAGGCAACAGCAACAACAGCACCUCGAUGGUCUCCAGCAAGUGAGCUGGAUCCGCGGGGUAGUUGUGAUGGACUGGAGGAACCCACUGGGGUCUGGCUUGCUGGCGAGUCGACUCCUUCUGGGCCUAUCAAAAUUCAAUCCUACUGGAGGGGCUUGGAAUCCAGUCCCUGGAGCAGCUUGCUUGCUGAAUGCUCAAUCGAUUCGCGAAUAGACUAAAUCUAUUGAAUACAGUAACAGUCGGUUGAAUCGAUUGAAUACAGCAGUCGGUUGAAUCCCAGCGUGGAUUCCAGUCCCCUGGAACAGCUUGCAGCUGCUUGCUUGGAUGAUACUCAAUUGAUUGGGACGAUGGAUUGACUAGAUGGAUUGAAUAGUAGUCGGUUGAAUCGAGCUUACUGAAGAAUUUCAUUGGUGCUUACAACUGAAUAACCUCCAUUUAUGUUU